GUCCCGGCGUGCCCCGCGCGCUGGGCUGCGCCGCCGGGGGAGCUGCCAGCGCCGGCGGGAAGAUGGCGGCGGAGGCGGCGGAUUCCUGGGACGCCGACAGCUUCGAGGUGGUGGAGCCGGUGGCGAAGCGGCUGGUACCGGGAGUGGCCGGCGAUCGCUGGGCCGGCGAGGAUGAGGAGGACGACGUGAAGGAUAACUGGGAUGAUGAGGAGGAAGAGGAAGAAGUAAAGGAGACAGAGGCAAAACAAGAACUGAAAGUUUCAGAAAAAAAGAAAAUAGCAGAAAAAAUAAAAGAAAAAGAAAAGCUACAGAAGAAAAAGCAAGAGGAGCUUAGAAAAAGGUUAGAGGCACCAGAGGAACAGAAGGAACUUACACCAGAAGAACAGUUAGCAGACAAACUACGACUAAAGAAGUUACAAGAGGAGUCAGACCUUGAGUUAGCAAAAGAAACAUUUGGUGUAAAUAACACUUGUGGAAUAGAUGCCAUGAAUCCCUCUUCCAAAGACGACUUCACGGAAUUUGGCAAACUGCUCAAAGAGAAGAUCACCCAGUACGAGAAGUCGCUGCAUUACGCCGGCUUCUUGGAAGCCCUGGUCCGGGACGUCUGCAUCUCAUUGGAAAUUGAUGAUUUGAAAAAGAUCACAAAUACUUUGACAGUACUAUGCAGUGAAAAACAAAAACAAGAAAAGCAGAAUAAAGCCAAAAAGAAGAAAAAAGGUGUUGUGCCUGGAGGUGGUUUAAAGGCUACGAUGAAAGAUGACCUGGCUGAUUAUGGAGGAUACGAUGGAGAGUAUGUACAAGACUUUGAAGACUUCAUGUGACAUUUAUCUCCCCUUCUGUUGUCUUUCUGUUGCCCAUAAUCCCUUAAACAUGUAGCACAACUUUUCUUCCUUUAAAUUCUGCCAAAUGCUACAAUCAGAAUUGCAGUAUCUCUGUGCUGGUGGUUGAACUCUUGACAGGUCUGUGCUAAAGCACCAGGCUCCUGGCCUGGGCUUGGGGACUGGAAUGAAGACAUUUUAAAGCUAUGUAAAUUGCAGUUAAACAACCCAAAAUUCUGACAGUGGAAACUGUUGCUGUUUGAUUUGCAGCAACAGCCACUAAAUUGGAAAUGAAUUUCAACACCAAAAAGUAUUAUGACCAGCACAGUUCAGUAACUUGGCCUUAACUGUACCUCCUGGAGUGUGUGCUGAACAGAGGCAGUUUGCAGCAGGGGCCUGGUGUGCACUUAUUGUUACAUUUGCUUUGUCUUAAGUUAGAGCUUGAGGUUUUUCAGUGUAUUGUGAAGGGACCUGCCACCCUCAGCCUGGGGUGCUGCACCUGGGACUGCACCAUGUGAGACAGCCCUGCCAGAGCAACAGCACCUGAGGUAGGCAGGGCCAGGGAAGGGUUGCUUAGUUGGGGGAAAAAAAAAAAAUGAUGUGUCUGGAGUAUGAAGUUUAGUUUCCAUUCACCAAAAUUUCUACUAAUGCAGCUGUAUGGUUGGGUAUUCUUUAACAGUUAAUUGCCUGGUUUAAGUGUAAAAAAAAACCAACAAACAAGACUUCCUUUUGGUCUCUCAUGGGUUGUGGUUGAUCUUUCACCACUCAGCCAUUUUCUUUCAUUUAAAAAACAAAACAAACACAAGAAAACAAACUUGCUUUGCAGACUACAGCAGUUACUACAGUUGGGCAAAUUGUUAUGUUAACAAUUAUGACAUCUGCAAUGUUUUAUAAAGCAACUAAUUUAAUAAAAAUCACUAUUGAGGACUUCA